AUGUUGGACGCACUCAAUAAAAUCUUGUAUAAUCUCCAGUUCGGCAAUCAUCAGGCCAAAGUGGAGAAGUAUCUCAACGAAGCAACCACGGUCUGGACUAAAGCAAGUCUAAAGCACCAUAUUAAGAGUAACCAUCCUAGUAUUAUCAUCACUGAACCCACAAUCAACCUCCUCUGGCGAUGCUUUCAGUUCCAUGCCUACCACCCAUUCCCACGGCACGACGUGCAUCAAAUCCAUGAAAGUGCCUUUCAGCGUGCGUUUAUGCUUCUUGCUCUGCGAGGGACAGACAUCCUAGGCACCGAGGACGGAGGAGAUUACUUUUGGCGGAACGAUACUGAUUUCUUCCAUGAUGCCGACUUCAGACGAAUUCUAAGAAGUAUUAGCCAUGCAUCUGCUCAGAAUGAGUCUCGUCCGGGAAUCUCUAUGUCUGUUAUUAAUGAUGCUAUGGACGUACUAGCUACGACACAGCCUCACAUGGUGACUUUGGCACCGUCGCCAGAUUUACUGGAAUCUGCAGCUGGGAGGCUUCUUGAGAGCGUUCCGGUGCGGGACGAGUUACGGGCCGACGAUUUCUCAAUCCUUCUAGCCUUGCUAUUGCAAUUGAGAGUGCAUAAACAAACAUGGAGGAUGAACCUUCAUUUUGGCGAGUUUGAUCAGGGGCCGAGGUGUGAGGAGCUUGCUAGAACUAUAACGACUGGGAUCUUUGUGCAGGGGAAUCUCAACUCUGACACGUAUUACAAAGUGAUAGAUGUCUUGCCAAGCCUGCGGGCACAAUUCUACCAACUGUGGGCAGUACUCUUUCAACCGGCAAAGCGUAAAGAAGAAUCGCAGUCCAACGCAUCUCUAGCGGCUGAUGUUAUACCAAAUGUGAUCCUCCAGACCAUCUCACUACUUACACCUCAGCCAUCAGUAUCGCGCCACUCGCCUUCAAUAUCUAACGAUGAGGGUAGUGUUUUUCACAUUUCUACCCAGCAACUCACGGCACCGGGUGAUGUGACAAUAACCCAUCUCCUGAAAUAUCUUAUGGAUGACACGAAACAUCCACAUGUUGUCCUUUUCGUAAACAACGCAUCGUCUAGCGUAUUUGGUGCAUACUUUCCCGUCCCGUUGUCGCAAAAAGGCAAGAUUGGACGUGGCCAUUUCCUCUUUCAACUAGCACCACAAUUUCGUCUCCUUCAAUGGACCAGCCAACCUAUUCCUCUUGCUGAUCUCAUUACCGUUCAUGGUUCCAAUUCCGUGCUGCUAGAUACAAUUCGGGCAGGUGAGAUGCUGCCAUCUACACCAUAUAGAAUUGGCGAUCCGGGAGAGCAAGGCAACAGUGGUAGUCUAUGGAUAAAUCCUGGUACCAGGUCUAUUCAACUAACUAGACAAUUUCCAAACAGUGGCAGAUACAAGGCUCUGUGUGGUACGGGAAGGGAGGUCAGUGUAGAUGGGAAGGAGUCGAGCACGGAAAUCGAUCGUCUUUAUAUUCUCCGCAUGUCCACUUUUGGGAUAGAUAAAGAUUUUGCUUUCCAAAACGACAUUGACAAUAAGUACCGUGCCCCCUCUGCUCAAGCAGGUCAAUUCAUUCGAGGAGCGGAGCUGAAGACGAGAAUUCAGGGCUUUGGGUCGCCGCUGUAG